GUCGUGUUGCCUCAGCAGUCCGGCGCUGGCGGGCCUGCGGGCUUGCUUGCUUGCUGGCUUGCUUGUCAUGUCCACCACCUGUCUCCAACCUCGCCUCAGAAAUCACCUUCCCCCCGUCUUCUUCUUAUCUUGCGCACAAACACCGCGUUUUCUCUCCAGUAUCCUACCAUACGUGUCGCCAACGUAGUCUCAUUCUCCCAUCCCUGCAUCUUGGGCUUACCCCCCCACCUAGCAAAACCUCUGGCCGCCCGCGUCUAUUACCUCGUCUUUCCACCCGCCGACCUGGGCUAUCUCUGCCAUGGCACACAAUCAGGACCCAUCAGGAGACGCCUCCGAAGCCGAGCGCCAGAUUACGUUCAACAUUAAGGCUUCCAACGAGCAGAAGUUCGUCCUCACCUUGCCCGUCUCCACACCAAUCUCCGAACUUAAGGCAAAGCUGUCCGCACCCGAAUACGCAGAUGUGCCCGUCGAGCGCAUACGGUUGAUCUAUUCGGGCAGAGUACUAAAAGAUGCAGACACACUGGCUACCUACAAGGUAGCUGACGGCAACACGAUACACAUGGUGAAGGGCGCCGCCAGCAAUGCAAGACAGAAUCCUGCAUCAAGCACCUCGUCUGCGGGCGCUACACCUGCCGUCCCGCCUGCCGUGCCCACCAUGGCAACUGGCACGGGUAACAACCCACUUGCUGGCUUGACAGGUGCCCGUUACGCCGGUUUUCAUGGACUGCCGAAUGCCUCCAUGUUCGGGGCAGAUGGAGGAAUGGGAGCACCGCCGGGUCCUGAGGAAAUGCUCCGCAUGUUAGACGACCCGAACUUCGCCCAAAUGUUUAACGAAAGCAUGAACAAUCCAGACGUGCUACGCAUACUGGAGCAGCAGCCUAUGAUCGCCAACAAUCCUAUGCUUCGGAAUAUAAUCCGCAAUCCUGAAAUGCGACGCCUAAUGUUCAGCCCCGAAAUGCUGCGCAUGCAGCUGCAGAUGCAACGUCAGCUUGGUGGUGACGCUGGCGGGGCUUUUCCUAUGCCUGGGGCCACUGACACCACGUCGGGCGCCGCAAACACAACAGGUAACGGCGCGACCGGUGGGAACACGCAGAAUCAACCGCCCAACCCAUUUGGCAAUAUGGGUUUGUUCGGUGGUUUUCCCACCCAGACUGGUGCGGCGCAAGCGAACCCCUUCGCAGCGAUCUUCGGUUCUCCUCUGGCAAGUGCGCAGGGUACAACUUCUUCAACUUCGCCUCCGCCAACAGGCUCCGCAGGCGGACAAGGUACUCCCUCCACGACCACAGACCAACCACAACAACCAAAUCCUUUCGCGAAUCUCUUUGGCGGGGCCACAGGAGCCAGAACCGGCGCUGGAGGAACAAAUAGCGACAUCUUUGAGAUGGCUCGGCAGAUGAUGCAAAAUCCAGAUAUGAUGCGCGCCAUGUUCGGCACGCCGCCAGCAGGACCCGAAGCGACAGGCACCGCAGCGGAAGGCAACCAGACAAAUCCUUUUGCGGCUCUAUUUGGCGCCGGAAAUCCGUGGGCAAUGGCCGGCGGCUCGCCCGCUCCCCCCGACGACCGACCCCCCGAGGAGCGGUAUGCGGAGCAGCUGAGACAGCUGAACGACAUGGGCUUCUUCGAGUUUGACCGGAACAUUCAGGCUCUACGGAGAAGCGGGGGCAGCGUGCAGGGCGCAAUAGAAUUCCUAUUAGGCGGUACCUGAACGCAAGGCUUUUCUUCAACAUUGUUUCCAUUGCGUUCUCAAACGAAAAGCGUGUACGGAAGCAUCGACUUGAACAAAGAGGGGUCUAUUCAAUGGGAGCAAGGAAUGAUAUUUGUAUAUUCCACUCGAUAAGGCGUGGCAUUCAUUACUCUUUUGCUGCAUCUUGCUUGGACACGUAGGGACGCCCGCGCGCGGUCUGCACUACGGACGAAUGUGAUGAUGGCGACGGUACGAGGCGAACAAGUACGUGCCUGGAGUAUGAAAUACCUUGGUAUGGAUGAAGCGACGAUGGUCGCCAGUUCGCGGGCACAGAGUCAUGCUUUCAAAAGUAUCUGGGUAGUUUGCUGGCAAAGGGAAGUUGAGAACGGCGAACACUUCGGCCACUUUUUAGCACACAUACACACAAUAAAUACUCGUCGCCAAACCGCUGCAUCCUUUUUUUUUUUGGUUGUUGAUGUGCGUCAUCAAAUUUCAGUUCUCCGUGGGUUCUGUCCGCUUCUGUCGCCUUGGGGUCGAGACCCUUUGAAACGUUUCGGGAAACUCUCCAUCGCGAACGCAAAAGAAGGGUGAAGACAUCUGGAUCGAAUGCGUGAAAUGAGACGGAAAGAAGGGAUUCUGUGUGUCUCUCAUGCUAGAUUAUGAAGAG